CCAGACGCUGUUCGCGGCUUCUCCUGGCCGCUGAAGCUGCGCUCCGGUCGGACUGAGAGUCUCUCUGUGAGCUCCAGUACUACGGCUCAAGUCCUCUUGGUGACGCUCUGCUGACAUCACUGUGAUAUUCCCCCGCUCCGCUCUCCGCAUCACACACUCGGAGCUCCGCCGACUCUCUCCACACUCUCCGUCCAACACUUUUCUUGCCCGUUUUCGCUCCGCUCGCCGUGGCCAGGACGCACCGUCACUGAGCAGCAGCAGCAGCAGCAGCAGCAGGCUACCUGUGCGCACUGCGGCCGCUCCACGCUGGGAGGGGUUUCACUCUUCCUCCCAUUAACACAUUUGAAGGAAGACAAACUAAACGCCGUUUCCACAUUGGAGACGAGGGGGGACACGCCGAGAGACACACGCUGCAACUUGGCUGAUUUCAAACCCAGGGCGGUCUGAACUGAGCUCGAAGUUUCUUUGGCUGAUCGGAGAAGGAAUAAUUUGGAGCCCGGCUUGCAGAACACCGCGCUGUUGUGGAUAUUUACGUCCACCUUGUCUCCUGUUUAGAAGAAUGGCGACAGAUUACGCAGCGCGCUGCCCGGUUUCUCCGGCGAGGAUCCCUUGGCUGGUGGCAGCAGCGAUCCUCCUCUCUGCUCAAGGUAUCGGCGCUCAGAAAGUGCGAGUUGAGGAGGAGCUGGAGGCGUAUCCCACUGAGUCUGUUGAUCUCCGCUGCCAAUUCAUCGAUGGAGGAGGUCUCACUAAGCUCACACAGGUAUCUUGGAUAUGGGAACCAGUGGAUGGCCAGAGGGACAACAUUGCUGUUUACCAUCCAGUCUACGGACAGAGCUUCCCCAAUCAGUCCUUCAAGGAUCGAGUUGUUUUCCUUCACAACAGUCUGGAGAACCCGUCCAUAAGGAUUUCUAAUCUACGAAUGUCUGACGCCGGCCGCUACACUUGCGAAUACGCCACCUACCCUUCUGGAAAUGAACAGGGGACGACCACCCUCGUCAUGCUCGCCAAGCCCAAGAACUCGGCCAACGUUGUGACGGUCCAGGCUGGCACUAAAUCGGUGGUGGUGGCCCGGUGCGAGGCGGCCGACGGCAAACCGGCGGCGACCAUCAAGUGGCUGGCAUCGGUUGGAGGCAAUCACUCGACCAGCACCACCAACGGGCCAGAUGGCACGGUGACGGUACGCAGCGAGUAUCGGCUGGUGCCCACGCCGGCGGACAACGGCAGGGAGGUGACCUGCAUGGUUGACCAGAGAACACAGGAGCGGCCGUGGGUUCAUCCCGUCAAGCUGUCCGUGGAGUACCCCCCCUCGGUGUCCAUAGAGGGCUAUGAUAAUAACUGGUAUGUGGGCCGCUCUGACGCCAUGCUGCUCUGCGUCUCCAACGCCAACCCAGAGCCGACCACCAUCACCUGGACCGCGGCAUCCGGUUCUCUUCCAGACACAGUGGUCGUCGACGGCAACAAGCUGAUGGUGAGGAAGGUGGACGACGCCGUCAACACGACCUUCAUCUGCGAGGUGAAGAACAAACAUGGAGCCAGCAGACACCAGAUCACCACCGUGGUCAUCGAGGAAGAACGCCAGAUCAUCGCGGCUCCAUCAACAGGUGCAGUAAUAGGAGGCAUCCUCGGCGCCCUCAUCUUCAUCGGCGUCAUCAUCGGCGCCAUCUUCCUCAUCCGUAAGCGCCAGGAGGACGGAGAGGGCCCACCCAAGCACAAGCCCCCUCCCCCGGUGAAGGCCGGCAGCUCCACGGAGAUGCUCAACAAGCCAUCGGAGCCUCCCACGGCCACGGAGACGGCUCCUCUCAGCCCAGGAGAGGUUUACUACGAGCCCACAGGAGGAGAACCCGUCACAAAUCUGGACGAUGAGACCACCGGAGCCCUGAAUGGUGGCGCCCCCCCAGUCCUGGACAACUCGGCCAAAUACGACAAUGUCAACGAGCUCAAAGACCACGCGGCCGACGGUCACCAUGGCAACGACUUGGAUUCGUCCAAUCACGAGGCGCCGGCGGCCAACAUCACCCGCGGCGAGAGCUUCGUAUCUCCCGCCAUGUAUGUGUAGCCAAGGCAACCGGAAACACCACAUCAUGGGCGAACGGGCGAGUUCCAGGUCACCUAAAUUAGCAUGAGAAUCGAAGGCGAGCACACGCUUCCACACGAAACAACCAUUUUACUGUAAACUUUUCACAUUUUAACGUACACAUGAUAGAUAUUAUGAGUUUAUUUUUCUUUACCGGGCUUAUUUAGCGGGUGUUAUGGGAUUAAAAACUUCAUUUAUAGUAAAGCAACUUGGGACUACAACGGGAUAGUUGAGUUAAUAAUAAGCUUUUAUGUUUAAUUUUUGAAACUGAGGUGUCAUUACAUUGCAAAUAUCUCACAAAAAAAAGCAAAAUGAAAUUACAAAUAAAGUUUUCAAAGCAAUUUAGGAUGCGUACACACACAGUAGGUCCCGAUAUCUGACAAGCCAGAGAGCCAUUGAAAUCAUAUGUGCAUUGCAUAAGAUGAGGUGUUGCUGGUUUCCAAGGUGUUAAUUACAGUCUGGAGGUGUCGCAAUGUAGGUGAGCAGGAAUACUAAUUAAUAGCUAAUUAACACACGCAGCAAUCUGCCAGCGUGAUGCUUGAAAAUCCAAAUUUACACCAAAAACUGUCACUUUUCAGUGGAUUCAGUGUAUUAUAUGCAACAUUUUGUGCCAUGAACAUAGAAAAUUAUUGUCACGUGAAGCUGCCAGUUGCUGAGCUGCUCCGUGGAAACAUCUUCUCCUCUUCAAGUGAGGAUAAACCGUCAGGCUCCUGUUGCAGAGCACUACAGAGGAAGUUUAUAAAAACAGCAUCUUUGAAAUCCUUUCAAAGUGCUCCUCUGUCACUGUUGGUUGAGCUUGAAUUACAUAGAGCUGAAUUCGGUCCCAGUAAGUCCAAAAAGCCUGAUCAUCUGGCUCUGCAGGCGGCUUCAAUUAGUGGCUCAAGAUGUUUCAAAAUAUUUUACUUCUUUAUCAACUCCUACAAUAACGGAAUAAAAAAAAAAAAGAAGAGAAAAAAGGCUCUCUCACUUUCUACCCAGGCUGCGGUCCAAUACAGAAACAUUCCACUUUAUUAUGUUUUCAAAGAGCCUCAUGUGUCCCUGGACUGUCAGAGCGACGGGCUGCUCGUUAGCACUAACGAAGGGGAAGCGACAUCGUUGUGAAGCUCUGUAACCUGGCAACAUCACAUAAUUAAAAUUCCGUGAUUCAUAUUUGUUGUUGUUAAUUGCGAGACUUGGUGAGGCUGUGCGACGGGGAGGUGAAAGUCUGCUCACAGCAAAGCGCACACUCCGACUAAUACGCCACUUUUUGUUUCCAGUCCCUCUCUAACACACUCUCUAGUAGGGGUUGAAAACAUCACAAGAAAUGUGUUUCAGAAUGUGUAAACUCUCUGCAUGUAUUAGAAGAAUACUGCCAUUACAGCCAUUUUAGCAGAUUAAAAUGGCCACACACUCUGAUACACGCAGAACGUUUGACACGUUUAGACAAUAUGCGUUGCGCAUAUCUAGUCAAACUGUCCACUUGAAAGCAAAAGAAAAAUAAAAAAUGAAGGUGAACAAUAACAACUAGGCCCGAUGGCUGAAUCAGAAAUUGGUCUUUAUAGAUGUCAGAUGGUACCAAAUGAUGAACAGUGUAAAUACUAUUGAUAAUAUUGAUGAAUAAUAUAUUGUUGGUGAAAUGUGUACACAUAAAAAAAUACAAAACAAGUGUAGGUGUUUUCAGUGCCUCUGUACAGGGGAUGGAAGUUCAGUUAAAUGUCAAAUGGAGCGACUUUAAAAGAAAAAAAACAACGUGUAUAUUACUAUUUUGCUUUUCACGGGUACAUCAAGGUUGUCACUUAAUACUAAAAUGUUUUGAGUAUAUACAAAAUAAACUGGUGUGGAUUUUACUCCUUGUUGAUAUUACUCUGCAUGGCAUGAUCGGUGGCUUGUUUGAAACACUUUCCCAAGGCUGUUUGUGGAAAUAAUCUGCUUCAUUUGUAAAAACAUUUCUGAAUGUCAGAAAAGAAAGCUGUUUUUUUUAAUCUCCGUCUCAAUGCAUCUGUCAUGCACACCACGACUACAAGUCCAAUUUCAGUUGAGAGAGCGGGAUUUUCUCCUUUAUUUUUGCCGUUUUUGUCGUGCGACGGCUCUGUGGGCUGCCUGUUUUUGUCUUUCGCGCUAAUCCGAAAAUGCAGUCAGCACGGAAUCGUCAUCUCUCAAAGCCACAGAGUAGAAGAAUGCAAUCUUUUCUCGUGCCACGCUUUGUCUUGAGCUCUUGCUUCAGACCUCAGGCCACACGAAUCUUCCUGAGUUAUCAGUGUCAGGCGAAAGGCUGGCGCUGACCGGUUCAAAUGGCCUGCGAAAGCACACAGACAGUGGAUGAUCUGUUUGUCGACAGGUGUAAAGACAGUGGAGGUGAUAGAUGGAGAUACGAAGUGUACAUGGAGAAACCAGACAGAUAGAAUAAUGACACAAUACGAAGGAAAUGUUAAGAGGAAAACAAUAAAACUGAAAUUUCAUCAUAGCUCUUACUUUCUGCACAGUGGGCACCAAAUGCAAUCUUUGUUUUUGCUGAUGUAUGACAAUCAUAUGUUUAUAUUUACUGUGCCUCUAAAAAGAGUUCACCCUCCUCCGAUGUUUUCCCCUUUUAUUGCUUCUCAGCAUUGAAUUGUGAAUCAUUUUAAAAUGGGGCUUUUUUUUGCUUUGUGAUUUACCUGACAAAAGACUCUUGAUGUCAAAGUGAAAAGAGAUUACUCCAAACUGUCAAUUACAUGAAAAUACAAAAUGUGAAAUAAUUAAUUGCAUGAGUAUUCACUUCCUUCUAGUCAGUAUUUAGUAGAUGCAACUUUGGCUGCAUUUACAGUAUUGGUCCUAUGUUGGUCUCGAGCAGCCUGAACAUCUGGACAUUGCAAUUUUACCCCAUUUUUUCUUUGCAAAACUCAGAUUACACAGGAAUCGAGAUUCAACAGCCCUUUUCAAGUCUAGCCAUAAAUUCUCAGUUGGACUGAGGUCAGGGCUCUGACUCGUCCACUCCAGAACAUUCACCUUGUUGUCUUUAAACCAUUUAAAACCUCGCUUCAGGUCAUCGUCUUGCUGGAAAACAAAUCUUCACCCAAGUCUGAGUUCUCUUUCUCUUGCACAUUGCAUCAGGUUGUACUCCAGAGUUUCUCUACACUUAACUGCAUUCAUUUUACCCUCCACUUUUACAAACCUUCCAUGGCCUGCUGCUGAGAAACAUCCCCACAUCAUGAUGUUGCCACCACCAUGCUUCACAUCAUGAUGCUAACACCACCAUGCUUCACAUCAUGAUGCUGCCACUGCCAUGCUUCACAUCAUGAUGCCGCCACCGCCGUGCUUCACAUCAUGAUGCUGCCACCACCGUGCUUCACAUCAUGAUGCCGCCACCACCGUGCUUCACAUCAUGAUGCUGCCACCACCGUGCUUCACAUCAUGAUGCUGCCACCACCGUGCUUCACAUCAUGAUGCUGCCACCACCGUGCUUCACAUCAUGAUGCUGCCACCACCGUGCUUCACAUCAUGAUGCUGCCACCACCGUGCUUCACAUCAUGAUGCUGCCACCACCAUGCUUCACAUCAUGAUGCUGCCACCACCAUGCUUCACAUCAUGAUGCUGCCACCACCGUGCUUCACAUCAUGAUGCUGCCACCACCGUGCUUCACAUCAUGAUGCUGCCACCACCGUGCUUCACAUCAUGAUGCUGCCACCACCAUGCUUCACAUCAUGAUGCUGCCACCACCAUGCUUCACAUCAUGAUGCUGCCACCACCAUGCUUCACAUCAUGAUGCUGCCACCACCAUGCUUCACAUCAUGAUGCUAACACUAAUAUGCUUCACAUCAUGAUGCUAACACCACCACGCUUCACAGUGGUGAUGAUGUGUUUGUGAUGAUGUGUAGUGUUUGGUGUCUGCCAAAUACAGCAUCUGGACUCAUGGCUAAAAAGCUCCAUUUUGGUUACAUCAGACCAAAGAACCGUCUUCCAGUUGACUCCAGAGGAGUCAUAGGUGUCUUGGUGGCCCCCCUCACGCUUUCUUGCUGCUCUCGGCAGGCUGCCACAUGUGCCAUAUUCUUUCCCUUCCUUAAAAAUGUAUUCAACUGUACUCAAAGGCAUAUUCAGUGACUUGGGCAUUUUCUUAUAUCUACCCUUUCCAUGCUUACAAUAACCUCCACAAAAUUGCUUGGAGUGCUCUUUUGUCUUCAUGAUGUAGUCAGUGGCUGGACCUUUCAGAUGCAGGUAUAUCUACUAAAUACUGACUUUAAGAAGUGAAUACUUAUAGAAUCACUUAUUUUACAUUUUAUGUUGACAUUACUUUGUAGAAAUCUGUUUUCACUUUGGUAUGAAAGAGUCUUUUUUGCAAGUUCUUCUCAAGAAAGUCAAAUUAAAUUGACUAUGAUCCAAUGUUGAAAAGCAGUGGAAUGGGAAAACGUCCACUUUUUAUAGGCAUCGUGACUUUGUUUUGUUCAUGUGCUGCUUUUAUAGUCAUUAUAGAAGUCCCACUGCUUGCUGCAUGCUAGCUAACGCACUGCUACGCCAUCAUUUGUCCUUAAAGAGGAAUUCAAAUAUUAAAAAUGCGGUUUCUGAUGAUCAAAAGGUAACAUAAGUUGGAAAUUAGUUGAUUGUUUAGCGAUGAUAUUUGCUGCAGGAUGAAUAGGGACUUCUACAAUAGCUAAAAGUUUCUAUUGUGUAUCUGAUUUCUGUCUCUAAGAUGUUUACGGUCAUUAAAGGGAAUGUCUGCAUGCUGCAUGGGCCUUUGGGGGGAAAAGCUAUUUCCAUAUUCUGCAAGAAAAGUCGUGCCACAUUACCAAGAACGUGGCCUUUUGACUGGCUUAUACGGUGCAGUGUCAGACAAUCAUAUAUGAUGUAUUUUAUAACCCAGCCACAGAACAAAAACUGUCAUCAAUGGGACUUUAAUGUAAUGGUUUCUCUGCUUUUUUCUUUGUCUGUAAAUUAAUUCCCCACAAUGAAUGAAUGUUGAGUUUCUUGUGGAUUCAUGUGUUUAAUGUGUUUGCCAGCAGGCUCUUCUUGAUGGACUGAGCAAAAGGAAAAAAAGACAAUCAUUGGGGCCCAUUAUAUCAGAGACCAGUGACUCAGCAAGCAUUUAGUUAUGAGUUUCGUCUCUGCCGUCUCAUUUUGGGGAUCAUUGUGUUUUACCCAGAGCCUUUAAUAGAGUCACUGCAUUGGGAGGUGUCUUGAAUUGGAUUUUUAACAUUUCCAGAAAUAGUCAUGAGGCCGACUCCUAAAUUGGAAUCUGUAGAGAAAUAUCUGUAAAUCAGUUUGCAGGCUGCCCGAGCAAAUGGGUUGGCAGUUCCUGGAUGGAGGGAUGGUGGAGCUGCACUGUUUUCUGAUGGAUUAUCUGUUAGAUAAAGGCUCUGGAUUCGCCCCUUCUAGGAGGAGUUGCAUUUCGGUCAAGGUGCUUUUGCUCCGCCUUUGUUCCAACGGGUUCAAUGCCAGAAACCACAAGCUGUGAAUGUCGGUUGUUGGGUCUGAGUCCUCUCCCUCACUCACACUCCUUUUUUCUGUUUUAUCCUUUUCUCCGAUCUCUCUCGUUCAUCCAUUGUCAUCACAGCUUCUCAUCACGGAGCCAGACGUGCCUUCUUUAUGUUAUUUUUAGCUUUUCAAUUCUCACAUUUCUUCUCUGACAGUAGAACAGAUGAUGAAACGGGGAAAUACACAAACACAGGAUGUGUUUGACAUUGAUAACGGCAGUGAUACAACAGAACAACACACACACACACUGGAGAUGUAAUCAUAUUUUCUGUGAGUGUCUUAUUGAUUUUCUUUCCUUUCUUUUGUGUAUCACAGAUCAACUGUCAUUUUGUAUGCUUUUUGGGAAUUCUAUUGUAAAUGUUUUACAGAUCAUUGUCUUGUCAAAUAAAUUGUAAACCAAAAAGACA